CCGAAAUCGAUUACACGUGGUUUGCUCAGCUCAAAAUGCCUAAAAAGAAGACUGGACAAAGAAAGAAAGCUGAAAAAGCUAAGAUAAGACAAAAAUUACUCCGAAAAAAAGGACUAGAAAUAGAUCUUAUCAACCAUCCUUCGAACAUAUUGAUGGAGUGUGGCCAGUGUGGGAAGCAUCAGAAAAACCGAGCAUUUUGUUAUUUUUGCCAGUCUAUCCAAAGACUCCCAGUGUGUUGUCAUUGUGGUAAACAAAAGUGUUCUGCACGUUCUGGCGAUUGUCUAGUUAAACAUGGUUCUACAAAUGUUACGGGACUCAGUAUGGUGGGAGCGGUUUGCGACUUUUGUGAAGCUUGGAUAUGUCAUGGGGAGAAGUGUUUAUCUGUACAUGCAUGUGAAUGUCCACUGAGAGACGCUGUUUGUGUUGAAUGUGAGCGCGGGUUAUACAGUUUUGGUGGUCGGGUGUUUUCUUGCGCCUAUUGUGACCACAAGCUUUGUGAGGAUGACCAGUUUGAGCACCAGGCAAGCUGUCAACGUUUAGAAAGUGAGAACUUUAAAUGUGCUUCAUGUAACAAAAUGGGAACACAAACGUGUCUCCGUUGUAAAGUUACAUAUUGUGACGAUCACUGCAAGAGAAAAGGUGUGAAGUAUGAACGUGGAAGGCCUAUUCCUUGUCCGAAAUGCGGACAUGAUUUAACUGAUAGUUAUAAUUUGAGCGUAUCAGGUAAGUUGUGAUAAAAUAUAUGGAAAACUAGACUGUUAAGUUCGAUAAAUACAAAUCGAAUAAAAUCCAAAGUAAUCACGAAUGUGUCAAUAGUAGAUUAGGCAAUGUAAAUAUCUUAACUAAAAAAAAAUUGACGAAAGAAAAAUAAAGCAGUUGCUCCGAUAGCCAA